AUGACACCAUACCGCUAUCAGACCGCUCUCAAAACGCUAGGCAGCAAUGACUCUUAUCGAAAUCACGCGGCCGACGACAAGCGAGCUGUCGUCACGUGUGGUGCCGCUCGGGCCAGCUCCGUACGUCUAUAUAAGCCUGGCCCCCGCCCUCCCACCUCCACUUCUCUUAUCCACUCCACUCCACUCCAGUCCAAUCUUCACGGCCUGUCUCUCACUCUCAAAGCCAUUAUCGCUCUUGCUCUACAAGACCUCAACUCCACUCUAUUCAACCACGAGCGAAGUCUUCGACUCGCUCCUUCCGGUUUGGGUGCCAAUCAAAACAACGGGCUUCACCUUCACCCACAACAUGUGCCUCACCUCACCGGCACCCUCGAGCAACGCCAUGGCUACAUCCACCGCUCUACCUCCAUGAGAGCAUCACGCUUUCUAAGCUCUCCAAGACACUUCUAUGAGACGUCACAUCAUGCCCUCUGCUCAAUGAGCUCGAGUUCACCAAUGACGUCGACGCGGCACUAG